GAACGGAACUGGAGAAGAAUAUUUGGACAUUCUGGGUGACUGUGGGAGUGGACAAGUCUUCUAGCUAACCCUAUGAGCUUUGAAACCACGGCCUUCUCUUUCUUCAUCUUGCUUCUGAUUUGCCUCAUUUGCAUCUUCCUUUUACUGGUGGUUUUUCUAUAUAAAUGUUUCCAAAGCAAGAAAGAGGAAGAGACAGAAAAAGAAAAAGUCCCAUGUACAGAUGCAGAUGGAGGGCAAACUUGUCCAGUUGCUAAUGCUGAGGUGAACCUCCCAGGAAACCAAGAAAAGAUCCUGAGGCAGGUGGUGAAUCUGAAUGCACCUCCGAGGCCUGGCAUUCUUGUCCAGAGACGGAGCAAGGAAGUGGUGAAUGCAUCCCUUGAAAACAGAGACGAUAUGGAGGCAGAGGAAGAGGAUAGAAUGAAAGGUCCUGAGAAUGCUGAAGAAACCAACCCAGAGGGUGAGGAUUUUCAGAAAACACACGCAUCCAUCAACAGGACACCUUCAGUUUUGGACAAUAACAAAAGGCCUUUGAAAGGUGUGACAUUCUCUAGGGAGGUGAUUGUUGUGGAUCUUGGGAAUGAAUACCCUGCCCCUCGAAGCUACACACGAGAACACAAGGAAAGAAAAUGAGGCCGUGGCCGAGAGGGAAAGCAGUGUGACCUUUAACCAACGGUGGGCUGGCUGAAGGUACAAAGUGGUACUGAACUAUCAGAAUAGCAGAACUCACCCCACACGCAUGGUCUUUUACCUUUCUGCAGAAACAAGUGGGCUGCAUGCAAAAUUCUGUAAGUUAAAAUAUUCAGAACUUGAAUAUGGUUUUUUAAAAAGCAUUAAAUGUCCUUUAAA